GAAAUUUACACAUACACCGAAUAAAGAAGUCCAAACGUGUGUUGUGUGCAGUUUCACUUAGAUUGUUUUCUAUUCAGCUGACAGUUGGCCAACUUCCCAAUAAAAUACCAACAAUGGCGCAGGUUCAUGAAUUCAAAAUGGAGAUGACUUGUGAAGGAUGUGCAGGGGCUGCCCAGAGAGUUUUGGGAAAGUUAGAGGGAGUCGAAAAAGUUGAAACUAGUGUUGAAAAACAGCAAGUUUUAGUCACUUCAGCCUUACCCAAGGAUACUCUUUUAGAAACAUUACAGAAAACAGGGAAGACUUGUUCUUAUGUUGGUACUCAAUAAUCAUCUUCUAUUGUCUAUCUAUUCCACUAUUGUCAUUAUUGUACAAUUUUUAUCGUGUAUGGAACGCUUGUAAUCAAUUAUUGCCAAAGCAAAGAAAAAAGACCAAAAAGAUGAUAAGCAAUUUUAAUGAACCCGAUAUUCAAUUUGCAAUCUGAGAUAUUAUUAUCAUUUGAUGCAAAACUGUUUUUUUUUUAUUAAUUAAUCAUGAUAUUGGUUUAAAUAUUUUCUUAACUUUUUGUCAUAAUAUUAAAGCUGGAUCUGAAAAUU